UCCCUUAAGCCAUUUCUUAUUAUUUCUCUAGCUCCGUAAACACCAUGUUGUUCGUGUGUCUGUUUAUCGUUCUAGUACUGCCAUACACGGACAGUGCCGCAUCCUCUUAUCAUGAAGUAUUGCGGAUGUCUCUGUCAUCUUUCGUUGGACCAAACAAAGUUGAAUAUGGCUGCCUCUCUGUUCCACUCAAAGCUGAUGAAUAUAUAGUUGACUUCCAGCCCCACUCACCAGCAGGCGGCGUCCACCACAUGGCAAUAUACAGAUGUGACGAACCGUAUGAAAGACAGCACGUAUGGGAAUGCAUUGACCCCACACACGUAUGCAAGCCUGGAUCUAAGAAAAGGUCCCUGUUUGGCUGGAAUUUAGGAGCCCCGGGCUGGAAAUUACCACGUUUCACUGGUAUCUACACUGGGAAUACUUCUGGACAUAUCGUGGUUCAGGUCCAUGGACGAUCCGAUCUUAAUAGUCACCAUUUGGAUAAAUAUGGUAGUAUUACCCUGGAAUUCCAGACAAAAAGGCCACGACUCGACACAGUAUUUAAAGGGUAUGCUGUAAGCGGAUACAUCCCUGCUAAUACUCUAGGUUUUACGACGGACGUUGCCUGCACGUGGGACAUGAAAAUAGGUGCCCGGCUCAUUGGAUAUGCCUUACACACACAUGACUAUGGCGUUGCAACAUCGGCAUACAUAAUUAGGAACGGUACAUGGAUAGAGUUAGGACGUGUUGAUCCACAAUAUUCAAUGCUGACGUAUGACAUAUCUCACAAGCACAUGUACGUCCGGCCUGGCGACGUUGUGGCCACACGUUGUACCUAUGACAACCACGAUGCUACAGACGUUCAGAUGGGGUAUAGUCAUGCGGACGAAAUGUGCAACCUCCUACUUCACAUCGCCAUCCCCCAUAGGGACGCAGUACAAACAAAGAUAACGCAGUGCUCACGCAACGCCCAGGAUUACCACUGGGAGGAUAUGUUUGACAACAUCCCGUCCCUAGCAAGCGACGUAUCUGGGGACACUGACCAAAACCGCUACAUGAAAACCCAUCAUUUAUCGAAAAAAAUUUGAACGUCUGCUACCAGUCAUAUGAUUAGAAAAACCGACGAUUUACAUAAGAUGGACUCAAGAAUAUCACCUAAAGGGGAGCCACGAUCUGCAUGGAUUGCACGGACGCCUACAGACGGAAUAUAACAGCUUUUAUGAUAAAGGACAAGAAAGAACAGUUUGUGUUUAAACCUUUUCUGUUAACUUGGACCUGACUGAUGAGAUCAACGUUAUGAACAAAAGAUGAAAUAUAUAAAAAUGUUUAAAAAAAAUCCAAACAAAUUCUUGAGUUUGAAAUCAAUUUUGAAUAUUGAAGUAUCAGCUGUGACCUUACCUUACAACAACUUUGUUGUUAGCCAUUACAAUAAUACCAAACAGGUUUGCUGAGGGAUGAAGUUUAAAAGUAUGAGCAUAUAUAUAAACUGAAGAAAAUAUAUGUGUUACAGUGUUCUAUGACCAUUGUCUGAACAUUGUAAUUGUCGGACCUACACGUACUACAAAGCCGCCAUAUUGUAUACCAUAAUAGAUUAAUAGAUUUCAAUAGGUAUCUUUUAAAAUUUCAAAAAGUAGUUUUUGUGAAAUUAAAACCGGUGUCCCUCCGAUUUCAAUACUCGGGCCUUUGAUAUUUUUGAUAUAUGUCAAUUAUUCGCACUUUGAUCUAAACAAGAUGAUAUUGCCAUGCAAAAAGCACACAAUGACAUCAGUGUCAUUGAAUUAUACCUACAGAAUAAUUGUAUGCAAGUGCAAAACUGGUGUGCUAUGAAUAAAAUGGUCAUAAAUACUGACAAAACCAAAGUCAUGUUAAUUGGAAGUAAGCAGAAGAAACAAACGAUUACAAAAGGUCUUACUAGUGUAGCUGAUAACUCAAACCUACAGAAUGUUAAGUAUGAAAAGCUGCCUGGAGUAUGCAUUGAUGAUACCCUAACUUGGGAUAAACAUGUACAAGAUGUGCUUAAGAAAAUCGAUUUUAAAAUUUAUCAAUUAUAUAGGAUUAAGAAAUUCCUUCCAGUGUCAGCCAGAAUCACAUUUCACAAUUGUUCUAUUCUACUAUACAUUGAUGUUUGUUCAAACAUUUGGGGACAUUGCUCUAACAAAUUAGUAAGUUAACUUGAAAGAAUUAAAAAAGAACCCUUCGAAUCAUCUUAGAUGCGGAUUAUAGUGUUCGCAGUGCACAAUUAUUUGUCUAACUUAAAUGGUUGCCUUUUACCCAAAAAGUAGAAUGUAAUGAAUGUGUUUUAAUCUUUAAAGUGAUAAACAAAUUGUGUUCAAACUAUCUGAAUUGCAACACUCUUGUAAGCAGUGUUCACUCCAUUCAAACCAGAUCAUCUACAAUAGGCAGAUAUUUUGUACCAAAACACAAGGAAAAAUUCUAAAAUUCUUUUAGAUACAAUGGUCCCACCCUUUGGAACAGCCUGCCAGUAUCUGUCACUGAAAGUCGGACACUGAAUACUUUCAAUUCACAAAGCAGAAAAUAUUUUAACAAUAUAUACAUAUAUAUCAGAAUUGGGAUGGAAAUAGAUAGCUAUAUGUGUCUCCUAAUGUUUUAUGCUGUUUUCCUAUGCCUAUGUCACAUGUGUAAUAAUUUUAGGUUUAUUUACACUUUAAAAAUAUUUUUUUUUAUGUUCUGCAAUAUCUGUUUUGGUCUUAGCUCAUGCUAUAUUAGCAUAUAUUCGGUCAUUUUUUACAAUUUGCCAUAUUAGUAUAACUGUACAUUAGACACACUAUGCGCUUCUUAAUUUCUAAAAUGCAUUAUGAGCGCUUAUGCUUUACAUGACAUUUCAUCAACUCACUAAUUUUAUAAUUACACAUGUGACACAUUCUUGACUUUCCAAACCUGUGAUACUAUAAUCUUACCUGUGCUAUGCUGCUAUCUUAACCUAAUGAAUUUCAUAUGUGCAUGUAAGCUAUGUAUCUUAUUUUUUUACUCAUGUUGUAAAUAUUGUAUAUUUUACGUCGACCACAUGUGAGAUGAGUCCUUGACUCAAUGUAAUACGAAUUUAAAUAAAGUCUAUUAUUAAAUCGUG